UCUAAAUUUAAAAAUUUUAAUUGUAAUGGCGGCAUUAAAAUUCAUAUUUAUUUUACUUUUUGUAAUAAAAAAUAGCCAGGGGUUUAUGAAAGAAAUAUUUACGAGCACAGACUUGGACUCUUAUACGAUGAAUUUUGUUAAUAAUAUUGAAUUAAAAUUAAAAAGUAAUUGUGUGUAUGAUUAUCCGGCCACAAGAUUCCAAAGAAGGUUUGCGGUAAUGAAUACUCUGAAGGAUAUGAACAAAAUAAUGUGCGAGUUUAAAUACAACAAUGGAACGGAAACAUUUCCGUGGAAAUCGAUCAUCGAAAAGUUUGACUACUUCGAGUAUUCCUAUGAGCUGACGAAUAUGAUGAGGAAAAUAAGCAACUACUGGAAGGCGCUGGAUCAGUCCUCGAAAGUAAAUGAUUAUGAGGGAAGUUCUUUGAUGGUUGGAUGGGGACCUUGUGAUAACGUGGACGUACAAUUUAAUUGGAAGUCAAUAGUUGACGCGGAAUUGUGCAAUGGAGAUAUCAAUGCAGUUUAUGCUACAUUUAUAAACGCUAUCAAAAACAGAAUGGAGAAAUAUGCCAGUAAAAUAAAUAUAUGUGAAAUAAAAUCAACGUUGAAAGAAGAGAUGGUUGCAUUUUUCCAACAAGGAAUAAAAGCUCACAUCCAAAGAUUUAUUUUGACCGCCUUCGAACUCUCCGUUAAAUCACAAUGUAGAGAAUCCUGCAUCAGCAACGAAAUCGCGGGACUGAAACAACAAUUCAUGAAAACUAUUCACGAUUAUCAAGAGUUGCUCAUGAAAACUAUGGCAGGUUUCGCGCAAUUUAUCAAAAAAUGUGACGCGCCGAAACCUGGACCUUGUGAUUAUUACCCUUGCGGUCAACCUGACCCCUGCGAUCAUACCUACCCCUGCGGUAAACCUGGCCCCGGCGUCAAGAAUUAUAAUCACAUUGAAUUAGAAAGAGCUUAUCAGACAAAAAUCGUAAAUGAGAAAGAGUUAUCGAAAAGUCAAUCAUGUUCCCACAAUUGCGAUCUCAGUAAAAUUUCCGAUCUUAAUACAAAUGGAGAGUGCAAAAAAUAUCUGGAAUGCAAAUUUAUAUCGAAUAAAUAUGACGUUUGUGAAGCGAACGAUAAAAAACGUCGCUAUGAGUGGUUCAAAACCGACGAUGGCGCAACAUAUGGCAACGGUAAUGUUUGUUAUGGUAGAACGACUUCCUUCUCAAGUGUAAGCGAUUUCUGGACAUCAUUUACCAUGAAUUCUUGUGAUUACUGCGUUUGCACAUGUGUCGCUAAGCCUAAACGCGACGACCAUGUUCUCACGGCAAUAAGUUUCCGGGAACAGGUUACAGAUUUUCAUAACGAAAGAGUUGUCGUAGGAGUAAAAUUCGUUAAAAAAGGCUUCAUGGUCCAUCUCCAAAUAGCCGAAGCAAAAUUAUUGCCGUACGGAAGAAUCGAUCAGUCAUCAGUAGCAUGGAAGCCACUUGAAGACUUCGAUUACAACGAAAGCGAACAAAAGUUCUACGUAAAAUCAGGCUACGGAAACAUGAAGCCCCUCUCCCUGGGAAAAGACUACGGUCAUCCUUCGGCAAUAAAUCUCGACGACGUAAUGGCACCCACUGAUUACAUCGUCACCGGAGUGAGAUUCCGCUACGCUGGCGACUCGCCCGAUUGUCCCGUUUUCCAAGAGGGCGCCAUCGAGUUGCAGAUCCAGAUCAGACGAUUCGAUUCCGCGGAGGGCCACAUUUCCGAUAACUACAAGCCGCGUUGGGUUUCCGCUGGCAACAGUAAAAGAUGUGAGUUGGUCCUCGAGGAACCCGACAACCCUCUCAAGUCAUACGAAAACAACCAACUGUCAACCACUAAUCAGUUCGUCAAAUUCCGCCCGUCAGACCUCCGUAAGGACGCAGGGCAAUCGACUGUACCCUUCUUCGACGCUUCUGAAGUUACAGGCAGCCCUCUGAUGCCUUUCAAAGGACUCGGGCUCUAUCAUCGUGGCAACAAAGGCUCCGGAGGAUUCUUGGCCCUCAGAGUCUACGAUUUCGAUUCACGUUCCUACACUACCUCUGCUGUCAACAAAAAUGCGCCUCCUUCAAAUAGCAACCCCGGCUUUGGAGGCAGAAUGGGCUUUUUCCAGUUUCUUGGAAAUGUCGCUAAAUUUCCGUUUGAAUUGACGCAUGACUUUUUUAAAAACUUGCGUAAUAUGAAGGAGCAAAGGAAUGAGAAGUUAAAAGGAAUCAUGAGAGAUAUGAAGGCAAUGAUGAUUAAGAACGAAUUAGUUGAAAAGGAAGCGAGUGAAUUUCCUGGGAAAGUUAUCAUUGAUAAAGUGAAUGACUAUGAGUGGAGUAGCCAAAGACAAAUUUCUUUUGAAAUGACGAACAAGAUGAUAAGAAUAAGAAACUACUGGGAGGUGCUUAAUAAUUACGCGCUUAUUGAUUAUAACGGAGGUGAUCCGAGGAUCGGGGCUCCUAUUUGCGCUCACAUGGACUUGAUGUUUGACUGGAAGUCCAGAGUCGACAUGGAUUUUCGUGAAGGAGAUAUUAAUAGAGUUUAUGCUGACUUUGUGAUGACUGUUAAAAACAAAAUGGCGCAAUAUGCUAGUAAAAUAAAGCCAUGUGAGAUAAUAUCAACCAUAGAAGACAGUCUCAUAGAAUUUAUUCAGCGAAUAUUGAAAUCUCACCUUCAGCGAUUUAUUGUUGCGGCCUUCAAAUUGUCUGUUACUUCCCUCUGUCGUAAUAAGUGCAUGAGUGAUGAAAUAAACGAAAUGAAAAAAAUUUUAAUCAAAAAUCUCGACGGUUUUGAUUAUCUAACAGAAUUAUUGAUCAACGAAUAUUUAAAUUUCAAAGAUAAAUGUCAAUCGAAACCAUCAACUCCUAAACCGCCACUACCUGGCAACUAUAUUGAACUAGAAAAAAUGUAUCAGUCAAUAAUAAUAAAUGAAAGAGAUUUAUCAGGCGGGACAUGUUCCCACGAUUGUAAUCUCCAGCGAAUUUUCCAAGUCAAUAAAAAUACCGAGUGUAAAAAAUUCGAACAUUGCGUUUAUGUUUCUUCAAAAUUAGACAUUUGCAAAUCGAAUGACGGGAAACGGCGCUACGAAUGGUUCGGAAAUAAUGAUGCUGCAUUGAAAUUUGGUGACAAUACAGUUUGCAACGGAGAACUGACGUCAGUUAACAGGAAAAUGAAUUCGUGGUCAUACUACUCGGAGCCUUGUGACUACUGUGUGUGCACAUGUGUCGCUAAACCUAAACAUGAUGACCACGUGGUCACGGCGAUGAGUUUUAGGAAACAGAUUGCGGACGUAGCUAAUAACAGAGUUGUCGUAGGAGUAAAAUUCGUUAAAAAAGACUACAUGGUCCAUCUCCAAAUAGCUGAAGCAAUAUUGUUGCCGGGCGGAAAAAUCGAUCAGUCAUCAGCAGCAUGGAAGCCACUUGAAGACUUCGAUUACAGCGAAAGCGUAAAAAAGUUCUACGUAAAAUCAUACUACGGAAACAUGAAGACCCUCUUGUUGGGAAAAGAUUACGGUCAUCCUACGGUAGUUUAUCUUGACGAUCUAACGGUGUACAAAGACUACAUCGUCACUGGAGUGGGAUUACACUACGCUGACACGCUCGAUUGUCGCAUUUCCCGACAGUGUGCCAUCGAGUUGCAGAUCCAAAUCAGACGAUUCGAUUUCGCGACCGGUCGCAUUUCAGAGUAUUACAAGCCGACUUGGGUUUCCGCUGGCGCCAGAAACAGACGUGAGUUGGUCCUCGAGGAACCGGACAACCCACUCAAGUCAUCAGAAAACAAUCAACUGUCCAGCCCCGAUCAGUUCAUCAGAUUCCGCCCAUCAGACCUUCGCAAGGACGCCGGUCAAUCUACUGUACCCUUUUUGGACGCUUCUGAAGCCGUAGGCAGUCCUCUGACUCCUCUCCAAGGACUCGGGCUCUAUCAUCGUGGCAACAAAGGCUCCGGAGGAUUCUUGGCUCUCAGAUCUGUCCCUCUGAAUUUGUACCAACUCCCAGUCGGUGAAAAAAAAAAAAAAAUCCAUCCACGUCCUACUUCCUCAGACUAUGAUUGCAACCUCGCCGAUGCAAUCAAGGAUAUGAUUGAAUUUCCCCAUAAAGUAGCUAACGAAUUUUUCGACAAUUUGGACGAUUACUCUCUUUAAUUUUCAUAGGUAUCGAUUUAUUAAAUUUUAUUCAUUAGUAAAAAAUUCUUUUACAUAUGUUACAUUUACUUACAUACAUUUCUACAUAUUGCUGUCACACACAACAACAUAAU